CGUGUUUUUGUGUUUCGCCGAAGGAGAGUGUUAGUCUUUGCUUCACUCUUGUUUUUGUGUGUGAGCUCAGCUGUAGCGUCUCAGUCUCUGGAUGUGUCCUGUCUUCACCCACACAACGGACCUGUCUGUCGCUCAUUAUUCGGGCACGUCAGUCACACUGACAGAGUUUCUGAGGCCGACUGUCUUUGAUUUUCAUUAGCGGAGCUGGACCCGCACACCAGGACUCGGUCCAGCCCGGUUCGGCUCGGCUCGGUGGACGGGACACAGCGGGGAUUUAAACGACAGUGCCCGACCAGAGAUGAAGAGACGCAGACUGAUGUGAACAGAACCAGCGCUAUGGAGAUACAUCCACUAUGCACUAAGCUUUGCCACCAUAAAGCUGUGGAGCUGAAGGAUGAUGUGUGUGAGAAACAGAGUGCGGUUACCAUCAAUCCACGUCACAUGAGGAAAGCCUUCAGGAUCAUGAACGAGCUCCGCAGUCAGAGUGUGUUGUGUGAUGUCACCAUCAUUGCGGAGGAUGUGGAGAUAGCUGCUCAUCGAGUCGUCUUAGCUGCGGGGUGUCCAUACUUCCACGCUAUGUUUACAGGAGAGAUGACCGAGAGCCGUCAGAAGAAGGUUCGAAUCAAAGAGAUUGACGGCUGGACUCUGGAAAUGCUGAUCGACUAUGUUUACACUGCUGAGAUCCAAGUAACAGAGGAGAAUGUGCAGGUGCUCUUGCCCGCCGCUGGUCUGCUGCAGCUACAGGAAGUUAAAAAGGCCUGCUGCGAGUUUCUCAUAACUCAGCUUCACCCAACCAACUGCCUCGGUAUCCUUGCCUUCGCCGAUUUGCACGCUUGCAUGGAGCUGCUCAAUCUCGCCAACACGUACGCCGAGCAACACUUCUCAGAGGUCGUGCAGAGUGAGGAGUUUCUCAAUCUGGGCAUGGAGCAAGUGUGCAGCCUCAUAGCAAGCGACAAACUGACCAUUCCGUCAGAAGAAAAGGUGUUUGAAGCGGUCAUAGCGUGGGUCACACAUGACACAGAUGUGCGUCAGGAACACAUGGCUCAUCUGAUGGAACAUGUUCGCUUACCCCUUCUUUCCAGAGAAUACCUCGUACAGAGGGUGGAGGAGGAAACUUUAGUAAAGAACAGCAGCGCCUGUAAAGACUACCUAAUUGAAGCCAUGAAGUACCACCUGCUGCCGGCCGAGCAGCGCUCCAUGAUGAAGACCAUCCGCACCAGAGUGAGAACACCCAUCAGCUACCCUAAGGUGAUGAUGGUGGUGGGGGGACAGGCUCCUAAAGCCAUCCGCAGUGUGGAGUGCUAUGAUUUCGAGGAGGAGAGAUGGUUCCAAGUGGCAGAACUGCCCUCCAGACGGUGUCGAGCAGGUGUGGUGUACAUGGGUGGUGUUGUUUAUGCUGUCGGAGGUUUUAAUGGGUCGUUGCGAGUGAGGACGGUGGACACGUACGACCCAGUAAAAGAUGAGUGGUGUUGUGUCAGCAGCAUGCAGGACCGGAGGUCAACUCUAGGGUCCGCUGUCCUCAACGGACUGCUUUAUGCUGUUGGGGGCUUUGAUGGCAGCACAGGUUUAGCUACUGUAGAGGCAUAUAACGCUAAGGCCAAUGAGUGGUUCCACGUCAGUCCCAUGAACACGCGGCGCAGCAGUGUUGGAGUCGGCGUUGUUGGAGGUCUGCUUUAUGCAGUGGGAGGGUAUGACGGAGCAACACGUCAGUGUUUGAGUACUGUUGAGGUCUAUAAACCCAACACUAAUGAAUGGUCCUACACAGCAGAGAUGGGAAUCCGCCGUAGCGGUGCAGGUGUAGGUGUGUUAAAAUGUCUGCUGUAUGCAGUAGGUGGGCACGACGGGCCCUUGGUUAGAAAGAGCUGUGAGGUUUAUGACCCUGCCACUAACACAUGGAAACAGGUGGCUGAUAUGAACAUGUGCCGCAGGAACGCAGGUGUGUGUGCCGUGAAUAACCUGUUAUAUGUGGUUGGUGGCGAUGAUGGCUCAUGCAACCUGGCCUCAGCAGAGUUCUACAAUCCAAACACUGAUAAAUGGACCCUACUGCCCACCAGCAUGAGCACAGGACGCAGCUACGCAGGUGUGACUGUCAUUGAUAAGCCUCUCUGAGCAGCUGCGUGGAGAUGUUGAACACUGGAGCUGAAGCUGACGCACAGCAGAGGAUUCGCUCACACUGAAGCUCUUACCACAGCUGAGGCUUCAUCCUGGGACUGCUUCACCAUGGACAUGGCCUGGAGAAUACGGCUCUCUCUCUCUCUCUCUCUCUCUCUCGGUGUCUGUAUCUCUCUCUCUCACACACAUUCACACACUCAUUCAGAUACGUAACUACAAGCAUUCACACACUACCUCUUUUUGUCUCUAGUAUAUACACUCACACACUCUUUAUCUCUCUUUUCUUUCUGUUUCUCUUGUUUGAGAGUAGUCAAUGAUGACGUUUAUUGCACUGAUGAAGCAGAAUCUAAACACUCUGAGAAAAGACUGGUGCAAAUAUUUGGCCAGCGCGUCUGUGACGUGAACGAAACGUUCCUGUGUUUGAGCCGAG